AUGGCCUCCUUACCUCCUGACAAGGGCGGGGUCCCCUCUCUUCCUCUUUCUCGUCCACGUCGAGCAAAGUCGACCUCAAAGCUGCCCAGCCCAUACUCUGCAUCAGAAUUAACAACAACACCUGCUGAUGCUUCGUCAGGAAUCAGCACAACAACAGCUGCUACUACUACCAUCACUACUACCGAAACCACCGAUAAUACGACGCCACCAACACCAACAAAGAAAAAGAAACGUGCACGCAGGACAGUCGUCAAGACCACGCCACGAUAUAUGACAGAGUCCGAUCAAGAGUCAGAAUCAUUACCCUCUUCUACACUCCCACUCAAGCAACCCUCACAGAAGGAACAACAAGGACGGACGCACCAAGAUAAGGAGAAUGAUGCGGAUGACGUGGUUGCGAUCAAGACGACAGGUCGGCGACGGAGCACAGGCAAGACCCCGCUCAUACGGAUGCCGACAAUACAAACACAGGAGGAGCCGAUUUGUAUGGAGGAGGUUCGAACCACAAACCGCUUGCUGAGCAAGAGCAAUGCGCCCUUCUUAUUUCGCCCAACAUCGACUCAGACGCAGGAAGAUCAGGAACAUACGAGUGUUUCGAAGGGGUCGAGUCCAGUGGAAUCAGAUGCAGAGGAGGAAGCUGUUGUUGCCACUCUCCCGAAGGCGACGGUAGACAAAUCGCCGAUUCAGGCCGAGGAGAUGAAGAAGUACCAACAGCAUUUUAGAUUCUGUGAGAGGAAGGAGCCUUAUCGAAAGGUCGACUAUAUCCAUGUUUACGAUUGGAUGAGUCCGGCAGCUCCAGUGCGCAUGGCAAAUAAUGAGGUGCAGCAACGGAUCGACAAACUCAGUGGCGAACUCAAAUCGACGGACCAAACUCAGGAACUGCGCUGUCCUAAGUGCGCUGUUGACGAUCUGGAUAGCACACUAAUGAUUGAUGCCAAGGCUGAGCGUGGGAGUCUGGAGAGCCAUAACAAGAGCAUCAUGGAGGAGAUUCAAACAUUGCGCAUCAGACAGCAUCCAGGUCCUUCAACGAUGUUUCAGAGCCGAUGUCACUGGUGCGGAAUCAGGAUUUCAGACGAUUGCCCGGGCACUAUCGAGGAGCAGUUUGUUGGCGAUCGGGUGCGGAUUAAGGAUGUCGGAACUUUACCCUUAGUCUACGAGUUCGAUCACGAACAGAAGCGUCUCUGCAUGACCUGCAGCUAUGAUUGCGGUGUGUUGCUCAAGGCGAAGAGAAAGUUCCAGCUCUUGUAUGAACUCUCGGCCAGGAUCCAACCACAGGGUUGUGUUAAUUGCGGAAUUCGAGAGAGUGAUCGAUUCCGCGUUGAUACCAAACAUGUGGGCUCACUCUGCUCUGUCUGCAGCGCCUUCAAGGAGCAUAAUGGACUGGAUUGUGAGAUUCCUAAAGCUCAGAUGAGGAUUGAAGAGCUGCAGAAGUCGAUUGUUGGCAACUCUGUGGACGGUGUGAUUCGUUGGGACAAGGUCGCCAAUGAUCCCCAUGCCAACCUUAAUUUCGAGUACUCGGCCCAUGGCCUUCUACAUCGUUGGGUUCAGCACCAGAAAAUGCCAGAUCAACCGGGCAUGUCGACAUAUAUCCUGCUUCAACAUAAUCACCUCACAAGGAGAAGUCCACGCUCUCAACUAUACACCUGCCAUGCCAGCACACCAACUCAAGCAGCACUUUAUUUCUCCCGAUUUGUGGCGCUCUACAAGAAACAGCCCAAGACCUACCUCUACAUCCGGAAGCUGGAGACCUGGAAUAUACCCGCAUCCCGACGAGACGACUGGGAGGAUCUGUCAUCCGGUCUCCAGACCUUUGAGGAGCUCAAGCAGCGGAUUCGAGAGAGUGUUCUGGAGGAGGGUCCAAAGAAACUGACCAAAGACGGGAUCUGGAGAAUGUACUGCAAGAUGUUCCCAGUUGAUCGGGGUCAGGUUCUGAAAGCCGUCCCUCCGAAGGAUCACAUCAAAUGGAAAGAUCGACUUGUUGAGCUGUUGUCGGGAUCACUGAACAUGGAGAACCAACACCUGCUGCAACAGCUCCAUUUUGAUCCCCAGGCAUGGGAUCAGUACUUACUCGAGUGGGUCGUGCCGCGUAUUUUCUUUGCGGAAGUCGCCAAGAAGCUGAAAACCUCACCAGUUGUUUCCAAUGGUGGCAGGGGUUCGGCCAAGAAAACGCAAGCGGACUUUGAGGUGGCGGGGUUUGAUGACAGGACGAUGGACGCCUUGAUUGAGGAGAAGCAGGGGCUGGUUCGGUCAUCGACUGGAUUGGGCUUUGUGCCUUCGGACCCACCAGAGCCUCGUUUCAAGCAGCUUCCGGAAUGGGCGCAGAAGAGGGCACGCAAGGUGCAUCGGCAGGCUAUUCAGGACGAGCGUCUGAACCACAUUCAUCAACGCCACUUGUUUUACGAAUCUUUCGGUGAAACCAAGCCCAAGGAUGCCCUGGGCUUUGAUCUUGACCUAGCCUUGAAGGACGCAGCGGCUGCGUUGUUGGAGUUUUGUACGACCCACGGGUUUGAGCGGAGCCUGGAGGACUGUAUGAUGUUGGUACGCAAGGCGAGAAAGCGUGGCGGUGAUGCCGAGACGGGACACGCAACAGACGCUCACCUAAGUGCCAGGACGAAGAGUGACCGUCUUCAGAUCUUUGUGAACAAAAUGGUGGAGAUUGAGACUCAGAAACGUGCGAAUGGAGCGAAGACCCCACUUCCCUUGGCGCAUGAUCCGACACCCAUGCCUUCUGCUCAGGUUCCAACACAUCUGGUCCCUGCCGAGUUUCAGGUGCAUGUCUACCAAGCUGUGCUGACAGCCGAGGCGCGUACUGUAGAUGUGAGGUUGGUGCGGACGGAGAGAUACAAGCGACAAGGAGACUGCUUGGCAGGAGGUGCACCCAUCCAGGUGCCCAAGAUCAUCAACCGUGAGGCGCUACGAGGCUUCUAUCGGGAGGCUGACCGUGCGAAGCGGUAUGCGCCUGUCGUGAACAACAAGUCUGACGAGAUCUCAGAUACGACGAUUGUUCUCAAGGCUGACAAGGGUGGGUCUGGUCUGAGUGGUGUAGAGACAUGGAAGGCUAUUGAUCUAGAUACGAUGGUUAAGCUUGGGGUUGCUGAGCUGAUCCCGACUCAUGGUGUCACUGGUAGAGGGAUGGCACACCGGGGGGUCAUCGGAGAAAAUAUAGCUAGAGAGCUGGAGGUGUUAAAGCAGCGGCGAGCAAAGAUGUGUGAGGUUACAGGGUUACCGCGGAAGGAUGUGCAGAUCUUUGAAAAGAGACUGUACCGAGUUAGCAGAGAGUUGUCUGAGAGUUCUGGAGGUCUGCGAGAUGUCGGCGUGGUCUCGGAGCAGAAGAGGCGGCGGAGUGAGGAUGCUGAGGUGGUUGAGAAUGGUGAUAUGGGUGUGGGUGACGAGGAGGAGGAGGAGGACAGUGAGAGUGUGGAGGGCCACUUUCAGUCUGCUGGUGCUAGCCCUGUCUCGAGCAGGUCAAGGUCAUCCUCUCCAUCACACAAACGGGCACGGUCGAGUAGUUUUGAAGAGGGAUUCCAGACUGCGGAGGAGAUGUCUGAGGAGGAGUAA